GACUACUAAUUCAUGAAACAAAUCUAGUUAACCCUCGAUAUGAACACCUAACCAGUAUACAAAUUUAUCAUGAGUACAUACAAUCGAGUUCUCCUAACCACUUGAAUUGCUCCGAAUUAAGAGCCAUACAUACUUCUAAUGCAAAACUGAAAAGAAGGGGAAAUGCAUUGCCUUCUCGUUUUUGGCCUAAGCAUUAAAUUAAGAGAUUAAAAGCAUGCAUGGUUGCCUCACCACCCAUUAAUUGACAUAUAAGGUAUCAAAACCAGCAAAAUAGAUAAUGAAUGGGGUUUGAUCCAAUUCUAGCUAUAGCAUACCAUGGUUCUCGAAAUCAAAGCCUUGUCUUCCAAACCUAACAAAGACAAUCCAAAUGCCAUCUACAAAAGAUGCACCAACUUUGCCUCAACAUUCCCAUGGUGACAUUCAAUACACAAAAUUAUGUCGGAUUAAUUGUACCGAUGGUCGUUAAAUGUUGAAGUCAAUAACAAAUUGAUCAUUGAAUCUUUAACUUCUUAAUAUUAUUCUUCAUGGUUGUCUGAACGGGAAAGAUGGGGACUUUUAAGCGUUCCGGAUUUAUUACUAGGAUCUUAUCGUUUAAGUUGGACUUCUUGACAAACCUAUAUUGGCAAAUUUGAUGGUGAAUUUUGGGAUUCUAACUUAACAUAUGAUGAUGUCCAUUUUCAUGAGAUCUACAUACAAGUUAGCUAUCAACUCAACCAAAUUAAUACGAGAAGGGAUCUUCUCAUAUUAACGACAUAUACGUCACCAUGUGGGGAAGUCGAGAAUUCUAUUAUCCACACAUGGUCCUUCACCGAGGAAUCGAUGGAGGAAGCAGAGACACGCAACUGUAAACAACAGCAGCUCCACUUGAAAGACGAUGCAUUCAUUUGCUUUUCUUGUUUGUUUAGUGAUUUAGGCCUGCAAAAUGUCGUAUGUGUAUUUUGUAUCAAAGUUGUUCCAAUUUUGGGAUAUCUCGGGAAAAACUAACAACUGCGUUAGUUAUCAUAAAUGGUCACAAACCUUUGCGCUUUGUACAAAACGGUCACAAAUCUUUGUUUUUACACGAUUUGGUAAUACAAGUUUAAGCGUAUAACAAAACGGUCAUUCCGGCCUUCUCCAUCCAAAAUUCUAUUAAUUUAGUCCAAUCAGCAGUCCAUGUCAUCAAAAUUAAUAAUAAAAUAAUAAAACUUAACCAAACAGCCCAACCCAUCCCAACCCAACCCAACCGGACUCUACCCACCUACCUCUCUCACUACCCAGCGGCGGCACAUUCUUCUUCUUUCACUGAGCGGCUGUGGCGGGGAUCUGCAGACUAUUCCACGAAGAUGAUCGGUUUCGAUCGGCUCGUGAAGCACAUAUGCAGGGGAACGACAUCCGAGAGAUUGAAGGUCGAUUGCAGGUAUGGCGACGGGACCCGAUUUUCCCCAACUACUUGGUCGGGGGCCGCACGAAAAUCGGUGGCGAUUCGACUGAGAUCUGACGGCCGGCAACGGAGUUGAGCUACUACAAGAAAGACGAGUUGAGAGAACCGGUGGAGAGCCAUGGCGAUUCGUUUUUUAUCGACAUCGAUUCGUUCGGUGAUGGCGUUUGACGGCGGCACCGAGUCAACGACGGGAGGCGGGUGUGGUGGUGAGCUGGAUUCUUCUUCUUCAGGAUCUAAAGAGUUGAAGCCAUGCCUGGGGAAGAGCAGCAGUCGCAAUGGGGGAAAGGAUUGGUUAAAAUGGGGGGAAGGAAUCUUGAGUGGUACUUUCAAGAAUUGGGACAGAGGAAGAGUUCUGGGAAAUUUCUGGUGAGAGAGAUCCCUGAGUUUUUGGGUAAUUAGCCUAAAUGAUCACAAACCUUUGCACUUAGUACAAAACAGUCACAAACCUUUAAUUUGUAACCAUUUGAUAACAAAACUUUUUUACUUAGAACAAAACGGUCACAAAUUAAACAGUGUGACCAUUUCAUACCAGUUCAAACUUUUGUUACCGUGUCGUUGCAAAUUAGACUUUUGGUGACCGUUUUGUACAAAUUAAGUUCAAAAGUUUGAACGCUCAAUCACCGUUACAAUUCACUAGUUGUAUGGUGGUUUUGUUAAUGUAUGUGAAUGAUAUUAUAUUGUUUAGGAUGACAAUGAGAGAAUUCGAUGGCUCACAAACGGGUUCCAGACUGAUUUUUAGUUGAAAAAACUAUGUCUACUUUCUUACUUUCUUGGUAUCGAAAUUGAAAGGUCAACUGAGGGCAUUCUUAUUCGGCAAAGCAAAUAUGUCGAUGAACACAUGACCUGACAUCUUAUAUGUCGUUCAAGUGGUUAGUGUCAUAUACUUAACGAACAAACUACCCGACCUCAAAACAUGACCAACAUUUAAUUUGUAACGAUUCGGUAACAAACCUUUGCACUUAAAACAAAACGGUCAUAAAUUAGAUAACGGUGA